AUGCGCCCGAGCCGGGCUCCUCCGGGGCUGAUGCUCUCGUGGGUCCCGGUGCCGCUGGCAGCCCCUCUCCCCUUCUUUUUCUUCUUCGUCUUCCCCCGCGCUCGCUUCCUCCUCCUCCUCCUCUUCUUCUUCGUCGUCUCCAGCCGAGGGUGCGGGCUGCUGGGGCUCACCAUGGGCCGCGGCCCCGCAUGGUGGGAGGGUGGGCGCGCGGGGAGCGGAGCCGCCGCCGCCGCCGCCGCCGCUCUGAGCGCAGCCCCGCGCUCCGCUCCGCACCGUUUAUCUUGCUUGGAUUCACCUUCAAGAGAUUUCCGGACCCAUCCGCCAGCCAGCCAGCCAGCCAGCCAGCCGCCGCCACAGACGGGGGAGAGUCUUUUACAUCAUUAUCUCUCUGAGUAG